GUUCCACUGAACCCUCGGUAUGGGAAUUACUGGAAAGAAAUCUCCAACGGCUGGAAUCCAAUUAUAAAUCCUUCAAACUCAUAUAUAUCGGCAAAGAAUUCAGUUCAUUACCGACUAAUUUGAAAGACAGGAUACUGGCUUACACACCUGAAAACUCCCAGGCUUCCUUACUCUUGGAUAAAUUAUUUGCUUUGUUUCCUACUUAUAGAGAAUAUGUCUUCUGUACCUCUGAUGGUUUACAAGAAAAUGGCAUGAAAUGUUUUACAGUGUGGGAAGACAUCUCUUAUAUACUUAAUGAGGUUAGCUUCCUAAUCAGAACCCCGAGAGAAAGCAAUACUGAAUUGUUGAGAGCAUUGUUGCUGACUACAGAAACAGAUUUUCUUCUGAUCAAGAACAAACAACGGGUGCAGGUCACUGACAUACAAGACAAAAUGCUAUUAUUAUUGAUUACACCCAUUAACAUAUCGGAAACACAGACUUCAGCUUUGAAAGAUAUGUAUCUAAAGAUGCAAGACAGACACGACUAUCUAGCAGAAGUUGUUUGGAUUCCAAGAGUGGAUUGGGGGAAGCCAACUUGGGCUGAAUAUCAGAGAUGCGCUACAAAUUCUGCAUGGCCAGUGGUUCCAAAUCCGUGGCUAAUAAACCCAGAAUCAUUAAAUUAUUUGGUUAAUACAGCAACCGCACUAGUUGUGGUAGAUGCAAAGGGAAUGAUUUCAUGCAAAGAUGCAUUGCCUAUGGUAGAAAGGUGGGGGUUGGAGGCAUAUCCAUUUUGUCAAAGCCGCGAAGAUGAUCUCAGGAAGCUAGAGUGGGAGGGACUCAAGGUCCAAUCUAGUGUGGAAUUUGUCUUUCAAAAUCUGGAGUCAUCUCAAUUGAAGAGGGUACCCAAUGAGAAGGUGCAGAUCAGUAGGCAUUUGGAUGCUAUUAAAUAUCAAGUUCUUCAACUUCAUGUGAACGACACUAUGUGUUCCAGACAAUUGCAACGUCUUUUGAAGUUUAAGGUGCCUUGUUGAAAUGUCACAAUGGAG